AUGGAUGUGAAGGACUCUGAUAGAUCAACAAUGUCUAAGAUGUUCACUGAAGCAAAAGAUGUCACCAUAUCUCUCUUGCAAUCAGUUGCAUCUUCUUUAUCUCCAAGCUCCACACAAAAGACCAUCAGAUGGUCUUUUGUCUCAACAGCAUUGCAUAAGAAGAAGGUGACAUGCGAGGAGUUUGAAGAUUCAAAUUGUGGCGAUUUCUCAUUUAAUUCAAUAUAUGAGUAUGUUUCAUGCAAAGAUGUUGAUGGGUUAAGAGCGAUGAAGGCACAAGAUCGAUUGGCAGAAAUUAUGAGUAGCUUAGAAGGGCUUGAGAUAGAAUUAGAGUCUCUCUACAGGAGACUAAUUCAAAACAGAGUCUCCCUUCUCAACCUGCUAAGCUUAUAA